CCGGAAGUGUUGUGUCGGCGGAGAACCCGCUGAAGGCGAAGGCGGCUGGCGGCGGCUCGUCCGAGGGAGCGCGGACGGUAUGAGAACCUAGGCGGCUGAGGCGCCGCUGAUUGGUUUGGGCCCACAUAAUCCCAAGAAGAAGCAAGAUCUGGAUAAGCUCUAUGACCUCAAGGCUAAAGCUCAGCAGAUUAUGAACCAGUUUGGUCCAUCUACUUUGAUCAAUUUAUCAAACUUUUCUUCAAUCAAAGCAGAAGCAGGCAAUACUCCUCCUCAUAGUUCCAUGGCAAACAAUACCUCUGUGGCAAAGAUGCCUGGGACCCCUAGCAGUGGUGGGCGCCUCAGUCCUGAAAGUAAUCAGAUAUUAACAAAGAAGAAACUACAGGAUCUGGUUAGAGAAGUGGAUCCAAAUGAACAGCUGGAUGAAGAUGUGGAGGAGAUGUUGCUGCAAAUAGCUGACGACUUCAUUGAAAGCGUGGUGACCGCUGCCUGCCAGCUUGCACGGCAUCGCAAGUCUAACACUUUGGAAGUAAAGGAUGUCCAGCUGCAUCUUGAACGCCAGUGGAAUAUGUGGAUCCCAGGUUUUGGCUCUGAAGAAAUCAGGCCAUAUAAAAAAGCCUGCACUACAGAAGCUCACAAACAGAGAAUGGCAUUGAUCCGCAAAACAACCAAGAAAUAACUCUGGGAAAAGACAGAGAAAUGAAAAGAAAAAGACUCUUGUAUGAGGGAGAAAAAAAAAAAAGUCUGCCUCUGAAGCUGUGGAAAGUACCCUUGAGGUCAUCUAUGGGAUAAUUUUUAAAUUUAUUUUUUGCAAUGCUUCACAGGGAAGCGUAUAUUUUCACAGUGCAGCAAUAAAGGGUUAUUAAGAGAAGAUUUGCCAACCGUCAGUCGGUCUCCUCACAUCUGUUCCCCCAAAGGAACCUAUCUCGGAGCAUAGACUUUUAUUUUCCUCCUCCUAAGUGAUAUUACGGUAUCCAUGAUUGCCCAAGGGAUAAAACGUUUUGCUAUUUUUGAGAACAGUAUUAGAAGUGGCCAUAGAUUUUAUUUUUUUUUCAUCAUCCCCCCUCCCUCUCAGCUACUUGUAAUGUUGCUAUUUACGGUAUUUGGACUUCUUGCAGAGAAAAAUGAAUGAUGGGUCUCAAAAGCAGACCACAGUAUUGACAGGAACUUCAGUUGAAAAUCUAUUCUUUUCUUUAAUUUAAUGCUCAGGAUGGUGGGGAAAGUUGAAUUCUUUUUCUACCCCAAGUCCUGUAAAAAUGCAGUAGAAACAAGGCUUGAACUACAAAAAAAACCUUUUUUUUUUUAAAGCAGCCCGCAGGCAUGGUUAAACUGCCUUACGGUUCCCAAGAUAUAUAUAUAUAGUCUCUGUCCAAUGGCUGUGGCAUGGGAUCACUCACCCUUCUUUGCAUCCAGAAGCUUUGGUACAAUCUGUGGUUCUUUUUUCUUUUUUUUCCCCCCCUGUAAGUUCAGUGAAAUGCCCCUUUUGAUUGGAUGCUGGCCCUCUCCUCCCAGGAAGGUUCUGAAUUCUAAAAGCACACUUGACACCUAGCAUUUUACUGGCGUAGAAGUAUUUGCUGUUUCAGAUAUCCGUGCAUUGUGAAAAGCUACUUCACUGCUUCUGGAGGGGAAGGUGGUUUCGGAAGGAGAAGCUUGCAGAAAAUGUGUAUCCUCCCUCCCCACUUCACACUUGAUAAGCUACAUUGGAGCAGCCGAGAGGGGGGGGGGUGCUUGGCCCAUACUCUGAACUGAGGAAACAGCCACUGGUUUGGGUCUCUCCACCAUCCUCCAUUGUCUUUUGUUUUCGCUAUAAGUGCUGACUGCCUCAGCUUUGCAUUGAGCCAUCCAGCAGGGACUUUAAAAGAAGAAUUUGUGUAAGUUUCCAUUAGUUGAAAAUGUAACAAUAAAUGAAUACCC